CCCACAAAUUAAAGGAAAAAUGGCUUCCCCAAGACAUCCCGUGCUCCUAAUCCUGCUAUUAGGGUUCUUCCUCCUAAUGGCAAAAAGUGAUGCAAGUAUUUUCCAACCUCACAGAGUAUGGGUCAUAAUCACUAACAAAAUAGGCCCUGGGAUCGACCUCACACUUCAUUGCAAGUCGAAGGACGAUGAUCUUGGACAACAGAUUCUUGCCAACGACGUUUCUUGGCAAUUCACGUUUCGCCCUAAUUUGUGGAAGACAACACUGUUCUUCUGUAGUUUUAUAUGGAAUUCUGAACUCCAUUACUUCGACAUUUUCGUUAGCGGAAGAGAUUACAAAGAAGACCAAACACAUUUUCAUAUUAUGUGGCAGAUACUACCCAAUGGCCCUUGCAGAUUCAAUUAUGAUAACCAGUUGUUUGAUAAUUGUUUUCCUUGGAAUAAGAACUAAUGUAGUCACAUAGGAUGCCAUGGAAAGACGUUGAGAUUUUGGGUUCAUUUGUCGUUGAGGAAAUAUACAAGUUACAGAAGCAUAGGCCCAUUAAAUAACUUUCCAUAUGUAAAUAGCAAUAAAAUACUGGACGUAUU